AUGGCAGCUCUGUCCGGCGGAAAGGAAUUAAUAUUAUUAUUGCUCCUGAUGCUCACCACUCUGUACUCCUUUAUAAAGCAGGGGCAGGGUGGAGGAGACAAAGGGCCGCGGCGUCCAGCCGAAAAACCACAUCGGUCGGGCAAGGCCGCGCUGCGAGCCCUGAGCCGGGCCCCCACCCCCAGAGAGUGCGCCGACAGUUCACAGUCCUCGGGAAAGGGUGCCCGUUCCUGCAAGAGAGGCGUCCUCUCUCACGUCGGGGGCGCCGGUGGGAAGGGUGUGUGGGGUGCAGCAGGAAUGGUGUAUGAGAUGGAGGAGCCGGACGCAAGGGAUCCCAACUAUGAUGAAUCAUCUCAGUUGCAGACUUGCUUUCAGAUGGCUGGUAACCCAAACAGCUGCCAGAGUUGUUGGUCAGAGACCAGAGGGUGUAUUCAUUGUCUGUGUUUCCCAGAAUGCACUGGUGGUGAAGACAUGGAGCAACAACAGUCCUGUUUUCUGUUGUUGCAGGCUCUGUUAAAGGAGUUGAACCUGGGACCUAACAAAUACGAGUUCUCGUCGCUGGCAGUGGUGCUAGCCCUGGAGGGCAAGGCCAGCCACCGGGAGCUGAUGUCACGCCUGCUGUCUGACCUCGUGGGCAGAGUCCUGUCAGAAGACGACAUGGCGCGGGCGUUCGACAAGAUGUUGACAGACCUUCCAGACCUCAUCCUGGACACACCUGAGGCCCCUCAGAUGCUAGGUCAGUUUAUCGCCAGGGCGAUUGCAGACCACGCGCUGCCGAUGAAUUUCCUGGACCGCUACAAGGGCAAAGUGGACUGCGACCAUGCCAGGGCUGCUCUGGACCGGGCUGCUGUACUGCUGUCCAUGAAGAGAGAAAUUGUGCGACUAGACAAUGUGUGGGGUGUGGGCGGAGGACAGAGGCCGGUCAGGCACCUCAUCAAAGAGAUGAACCUGCUGCUGAAGGAGUACCUGGUGUCAGGGGAGGUGUCGGAGGCGGAGCACUGCCUGCGGGACCUCGAAGUGCCUCACUUUCACCACGAGCUCGUCUACGAGGCUGUAGUCAUGGUGCUGGAGUCCAAAGGGGAGACCGCAGUCCAGAUGAUGGUGAAGCUGCUGAAGGUAUUCUGGGAAACUGGGCUCAUAACCCUGGACCAGAUGAACCGAGGGUUCCAGCGCGUGUACAACGAGCUGCCUGAUAUUAACCUGGAUGUGCCUCAUGCCCACACUAUCAUGGAGACCUUUGUGGACCUGUGCUUCCAAGAGUCUGUCAUCACCAAACAGCUAAGAGACGCUUGUCCUUCCAGGGGGCGCAAGCGGUUUGUGAGCGAGGGGGACGGAGGCCGCAUCAAGCAGUAGAGCGGAGCGAGAGAGUGUGGGCGCCUCCCCCCUGCCCGGGGCCCGGGGCCCGCGGCAGGGAGAGCCCCGAGUGGCCCCGGCGCUCGGCCCCACGUCAACGCCAGCGGAAUGUGGAAAAGGGGGAGGGAAGGGGGGGUGGGAGGUGUGGGCUGUGGGCUGUGGAAGCUUAUUUCUCCUUUUAUUUUUUUGGUCUUUCUCCCGAGUUCGUGUUUUUUUUUUGGCGUGCUCUUGAACGGAGGGAGGGAGACUGGAGGGAGCUGGUGGGGGGGGUUGGUUAUGGCGGUUCCUGCACCGGUGACUGUCCGUUGUAUUUUGCAUUGCAUGUCAGGCCAUGAUUCAGAUAUGGGUCCUAGUGACGAAGAAAGGAAGCAGCGGGGAUUCCGAACUUCUCUUAAUAGGGCUCUGGGGUGAGGGUGAGCGUGUCUGGUGUCUCUUUUGUAUUUUACUUCUUGACCGCGUUAUACUUGCACAGUAAUGUCUUGCUUUCCUGCGGCUCUUGGCGGUUUUCUGGUGGGGAAGCCUCUCCACUCCCUGCAGUCUUGGUGCUAGCAGCCUAGCUGUAUCUCAGUUCGGUGCCGCUUAGGAAAGACGCUACACCUUGACCAGGCCCUCUCCCGCCUGCCGUCUUUGCUAUUCCUGUUGCCAGUUUGUUGGGAGGUCUGCCUUCCCGGGAUCCUGACUUCAGAGUGCAGGCAGCCACGGGGUGGUGCUGUCCGGGAGGUUAUGCCUUAUCCCUCUACACAGACGGUCAGCACAGUCGUUGCAGGUUCACCGGUGGAGAUGAAGGCAGGCGCAGGCAGGUGUGUGGCAGUGAGUAACAUGUCCUGAGCAAGGUCUGAAAAGGUCUAGAACUUACCAAAAAAAUCUUAUUGGGGGUGUAGCUAGGAUAGACCGUUUGUAAAGAUGGCUUUUCAGCCAGUCAUCAGAUACUGUACAGAAUUCCAGGAAUAUUGUAGAAGAUCCAUAGCAAAACUGCCAAUGAGCAGUGAAGGAGCUGGAAGGAUGAGGGAGUCACAAAAUAUUUUUUUUUUCAAGUGUAACAGCAGAGAUGUCAAGCGCUCGACAUCUUUGUUUUUUUUGAGGUAGAACCAAAGAGCGUGGGGUUCUAAUGUCACAGUAUUCAUGUUUUUGCGCUUUUAAUGUUGAUUCCAUUUCAUGCUUCUGAAAGAAAACAGUUUUUUUUUUUGCCAGAGUCAAACCCAGCUGUAAAAAUAUGGUGUGUGGAGUACGUCUUUGAAAAUGAGAUUUCGCAAAGAUUUCUAAAUCCGGGGAAAACGCAGAACUUAGUUUGCGUAGGAGACAGAAGACGGUUCUCACACACCUGAACUCUUCUUGUUUGCAUGAGCUUUAGAACUAUUCUUCUGGAGUUUAGCUACUUGCCCUCCUAGCUGUUGCAGUUUUUAUUUGUAUGCAUCCAAAGAUUUGUGCUUAAGCUGUGAACCUGAACUGUGUAAAAGGGGACACAUUAGCUCUGUUAUACUGGCCUAUAACCUGAGAUUUUCCAGUAAAAGUGACCAAACGACAUUCAAAAUCACGACUCUGAAGGGGAAAAUUGAAACCGAUGGAACAGCUAGGGAAAAAAUUUAUUCCAUGUUAUGCCAGGAACGAAAAAAAAAAAAAACACAUAUUACUUCAGCCUUUUCUGGUCGGUUAAAAUGGGCCAGAAUAUUAGAAACAGGUAUUGUGUUUUUCAGUGGAUUUGAAACAUGUAUAAUAACCUUGAUGACAGCUGUUAUAAAAAAAAAGUGCACAGAAAAGUACAAGUGCUACCAUUACUUUCAUUUUUUUUUUGUUAGGAAUGGAUCUUAUUUCCCAUGAGCCUUUUUAUAGCUUGGGCAAAAUCUCAUCUUUUCAUUUUGUUUCUCCUAGUCUGUAUGCUGUCCUAUUCAAUUCUCUCCUUCUGAACCAAAACGGAUCUUCAGAGCAGGGUUGCUUCUCUCUGGCACUUUUCGUAUUCUGAAUUAUGAAACCCUUACCUAGCUUGUAAGAGAGCAGUUUUUUUAAUGCUAAGUUCUUCUUCACAACAUUUUGACCACAAGUCUCUUUAAAUCUGAUGUCUUUGUAUAUAAUGUACUGUCAGCUUUUUUUUGCUUUUAAAGCUGAAACCAGAACUCCUACACAAUGUGACAAAAAUGAGUACAAACUCUGAUAGUUUCCUGACUCCUUUCUUUCUAUAAGAAAUAAUAUGUAGUCACUGAUGAAAUAUUUCUAGAGGCACACCUACUUUGAAAACAUUUUUCAGGUUUCACAAAUUUACAAAUGUAGAGGCCUUCCAAAGGGUGCAGUUUACAGAACAAUGCACCUAUUAGAUGAAUGAGAUGCUAAAUUGCUAUUGGUUUAUGGUGAAGAGUGAGACGGGUUUAUUUGCAAUCAGUUCCACCAUUCGUUGACUAUUGUUGGCUCGGCAUAUUUGAAGACAAAAUAUUUAGAAAUAAUUAGAAAUGAAUGCAGCCCCGAUUGUCUGAAAGUGCUGUUCGGGCAGCUAGGAUGCAUUAUAACCUUGUUAGUUUAUUUCCUUUGAAAGAAAUCUCUACAAGCUGAACAGACAGCACAGAUUGUGAAAACGGAAUUACUUUUUUCAAAGGGCUUAAAAGCAGCCUCACCAGCUGCAAUGGAGACACAGCAUCUACUAGCUUCCUGAGUGGCCGCCUUCCAGUCAAUUAAUGGUCUGUCUCACUUUGGGCUGUGUAGGAUUUUAAAAUAUUGUUCAAAUGUGAAUUGCAGCAAAGAAAAGCCUUUGAAUUCCAUCACCACCCAGCACCAAUACAUCUUGAAACUGCUGCUUGAAAUGAUCAAGUGCAAGUAUUUCCUUACAUCUGGUUUCAUGAAGUGUCUUUUUAUUUCCCAGUUCUCUUUAUAAUAUUUCCUCUCAAAUAUAAUGCAAAAUUAAGUGGGCGUACAGACUUAUUAUCAAGGUCCUGAUACACCUAAUGAUAACAUCUGAGGUGGUUUCGAAACCUAAAAGAAAGGAUUACAUCAGCUGCUGGUUUACAACUGUCCAGUUUUAUUUUGGCAGAGUUUGAUCAAAUUCAGAUGACAUUGCGUUUUUAAUCAAAUAAGUGUUAAAUGAUUGUGUAUAAGAAAACUUAAGAAAUGGAGAGAGAGAAAGCCCUGCUUUGGAACACAGUGACUGAAUCGCUUUGUAAAUUCAGAACCUCUUAACGGUGCAGGAAGUAAGCACAACAAAUGUUGACUUUUUGUGUGCAUUUGUACUUCAGUUGUUUUUAUUUUUGUCCCCAGUAAGGACAGUUUAACCAAAAGGACCUGGAAUGUUAAUCUCUCAAGGUGCACUGAUAGAGCCUUAGGCACAUCUCAGUGUGAUGUUCUCUGCUCAGCUCAUAGUCGCCCCCAUGGCUGGUGGUUUGGCCAUCAUCAAUGGGGAAAAUCCCAUUCCUUUUCUUUGGUUCUACUCCCUGCAUUAUUUUUUUCCCCGUUGUGGCUGGGGAGUCCUUAGCGGGUGUGCAGAUGUGCAGUUAACACGGUUACUUCUGUAUGUCGGUGCGCAUGAUAAUCCACACACUUGUGAUAAUACCGUAUUGUUAAAAGCCACCAGCCUUUUUCAAAAAAAAAAAAUCAGUCAAGCAAUCAAAUGCUGGUAAACCCAACAAGGAUGAAUGGCAUCAACUUUUCAUCACAGCUUCACGUGGUCAAAAGGGUUAAUAAAAAUACAGAGUAAAAAUCCGUCAUUCGGGUUCGAUGGUGUAGGGUUAUCAUCAGCAGCUUCCUUAUUUCUCGGGGUAUGUGUGUGGAGGGGUAAAGAGUUAAUUUUUGGUGUAAAUACCUAAUUUCAGGUUAUCACUGCGUUUUUGUAACAUUUUAAAGUCAUUUUUUACAAGUGUGAACGUUACUGUCUGAACAGUUGUUUUCUUUCAGGUAAUUUGUUGAAAAUGAUGACAGUGCUUUAGCUCCUAUCACAAAUGGUAACCAAAAAACCAGUAUUGCUGUUUUUUUUCCAGUCUUUUUGUACCCUCCUCUGAACCUGUAAUGCAACACAUUGUGAAUCACUUGUUAAAAAGCUUUACUUCUCUUUGUUCUGUUACUUCCAGCAUUGCAAAUACAUUUGGGACAGUGUCAUUAUUUCAAUAAAAGUUGACCUAAUCCUA